CCGAGACUCGCAACGUUGAUGCUUCGAGUACUUACUACUAUAUGUGCGCUUCCUCAAAAUAUCCUGCUGUGCUAUCCCAAACUCCCUAAUUCACACCCGAACGCGAUAUGUGCAUCAUCAAUGACGUCAACCCCGCCACCGCUCUUACUCCCAAACUUCCAAGCAACCUCCAGCGUGUCCUCGACGCGUUGUCUUUGGGCGGGCAGAUACCCAAGACAGACGACUCCGCCAUCCACGUCGUCAGCGACAAGGUACAAAGUCCAACAUCGUCGCCCUAUCCGUGCGUCUUAGGCUCUCUAGACUCGAUGCUAUCGAUACCGCAGUUUGAGGACGGGAUCAAUUCACGUUAGGCAUCGUUCUGUAUAUGUUCCCCGACCCCUCUUCCACCUUCUCAUAAAAUCCACCACAUCUGGCUGUGCAAUCUGUUUUUCCAUCCUUGGUCCAAGCCAGGCAAAAUACCCAAUUUGUGUGUCUUUCGAGAAUGACGACGAGGUCGCCUGUCUUUGCAUCCCAGAUUUUGACUAGGUAUUCACAUUUAUCAGUCGAGGGCUGGUCGUAUCCAGCAGUCGCAAACAUGGUCGUGUCUGA